AUGUCAUUAAUAAAUAAGAAUGAAUGUGAACGAGAUUCAUCAUCAGCAUCAGCAUCAGAUGAUGAUGAUUAUGAUGAUAAUGUUGAAGAAGAGAAUGUAUUUGGUGAACAAGAAGAAGAAAUAAAUAUACUCGAACAAGUACAAGGUUUAUUUUCAACAGAUGUAUUUUCAAAUGUUAUUGAAAUGUUUCGUACAUAUCAAUCAAAAUUUGAUCUUAUAGAAUUUCUUAAAAAACAUAAUAUUCAUUCACAAUAUGAUUAUAUUCGAUUAAUUAAUUAUAUUCGUCAUGAAAAACCUUCCAUUGAUGAUUUAAAACAAUUAAAACCAUCGAAAUCUCCACCAUGGUCAGAUGAUAAAUAUUUUGAAACAGUUAUUGAGAAUGAUCCAGCAUUACAAUUUGACAUUGAAGAAGAUUUAAAUCAACUCGGUGAUUUAGCAAUAUCAUCAACAGAUGAUCAAGAAAACAAUCAAUUGAAAAAAGCAAAUGAAAGAAUUCGACAAUUAGAAGAAAUGGUUGAUACAUUAAAAUCAAUGACAUCUCGAUUAUUAGAUGAUCAAUCUACCGGUGCAACAACAACAACUUCUAAAGCUCAAACAAAAGAUGAUAUUCAAGAUAAUGGUUAUUUUGCAACAUAUAAUCAUUAUGAUAUUCAUAAAGAUAUGCUUCAGGAUACAGUUCGUACUGAAAGUUAUUUACAAUCAAUUAAAGAAAAUGUCGAUAUAUUUCGUAAUAAAAUUGUAUUAGAUGUUGGAUGUGGAACAGGUAUACUUUCAAUGGCAUGUGUUAAAUAUGGACAUGCUAAAAUGGUUAUUGCUGUUGAUAUGUCAGAUAUGAUUUAUGAUGCAAUGGCUAUUGCAAAAGAAAAUAAUAUUGAUGAAUCGAAAAUUGUUUUUAUUCAUGGAAGAAUUGAAGAUGUGACUUUACCUGUUGAUAAAGUUGAUAUUAUUAUCUCUGAAUGGAUGGGUUAUUUUCUAUUAUUUGAAUGUAUGUUGGAAUCAAUUAUUUUUGCUCGUGAUAAAUAUUUAGAUAAAGAAAAUGGUUUCAUAUUACCCGAUGAUUUUUCAAUUCAUUUAUCUGGUUUUCAUUCGGAAAAACUUUAUCAUGAACAUGUUGGUUAUUGGUCAGAUGUUUAUGGUUUUGAAAUGAAUACUAUUACAAAAAAUAUUCUUGCUGAUGGUCAUGUUAUGAUUGUACCAGCUGAAGAUAUCAUAACUAGUGAUUGUUGUAUUAAGAAUUUGGAUGUUUAUACCUGUUCAAAUGAAGAUCUUUCUUUUACAUAUCCAUUCACUAUUCAAGUACUUAAAUCCGGUUCUAUAUCAGGUUUUAUUUGUCAUUUUGAUGUGAACUUUGCUAAGAAUCUUAUACAAAAGGUACAUUUUUCUACAUCAGCUCGAGCAACUCCUACUCAUUGGAAACAAACAGUAUUCUAUUUACCUCGAUUAUAUAGUGUUCAAGAAGGUGAAGAUAUUCAUGGAAAAAUUUUAUGUCAAAGACAUCCACAUGAAAAACGUGGUCUUAUUAUUCAUUUACACGUAUUCGAUUCGAAAUUUAAAUUCUAUUUAGAAUGA